CAUGCUCUUGUACAGCACUCAAUCCACAUACAGUGUUUUUGUAUGAAGAUCCUUGUGUACAAAAACACUCUAAUAUAGAUAUUAUAUAGAGUGUUUUUGCUUGUGUACACUCUCUAAAAUCCAAAGAUGAAAAUCAAAAUCACUGAUUUUUAUAAAAAAACUCCAUAUGAAGAUAUAUAUCCAUGGUGCCUGACUUGGUUUGCCUACAAGCCAAAUCGAACAAAUCUUAAUUAAUUUUAUGUAUGCGUGGAAACAAGCCAAAAAUUGGUGUUGGAAUACACAUGUAACAUGUUUUUAUCGACAUUACAAAUGCAACAAUAUAAACAAAUGGGUUUUGGCCUUAGGCGAUACGUACGAAGGAUUUAUACCAAAAACAAUAUAAAUUCAUUUAUAGUGUAUUUUUGAGUUUUUUCAUGUAUAGAGUACUUUUGACAGCAGUUGUCAUUUGCAUCAACACAAAAUCAAAAACAAAACAAAACUGUCACUUCCCUGAAAUCGCGUCGCGGUCGUGUGAUUAACAUUUUAUGUUUUCCACUGAAAAAAGUCGUAAAUAUUAAAAAAGAAUAAUCAUUCUACACGUUUAUCUUUUAAGUAUAUAUGGAGGUCAAAACUUAAGUUAAGCAUUGUUUACUGUUUAAACGUUUGGGACGAUUUUUGUAAAUUUAGAUUUCACCUAAGCGCCAGGCAUGAGUCGUACAAGGAAAGCACCACCUUAUUGCAUUCGGUAUAUGUACAGAGCCAUAUCGGCUGCAAAAUUUGAACAGUUAACUCUUGAUCAAUUAGUAAAAAUCUUGAAAAACGAUGCUUUAGUAAACGAUGAAACGGCUACGAGGAUGAUCACUCAAUGUAUCAAUGAUAAAGUUCUCAUUCCGGUUGUGGUGGACCAAGGGCGAGGCUCUCCCCGUCUUAAAGUUGUCGAGGGAAGACCACUUAGUCUGCCGACACCGAUUGAAAUCCCGGUACCUCAACACGAUCAUUACUGCUUCGAAUGUCACUUACCUGGAAACUUGGAACAGUGUUCAAAGUGUCCCAGAGCAUUUCAUGGUGAAUGUUAUCGGAAAGAUCCUGAGAAACCUAACUACGAAAUUCCAUCGGCAAAAGUGCAAAAAAAUCCUCUGCCUGAGUUCAGUCCUGAUUGCGAACAAGAUACAAAUUGUUCUUAUUCCGAACCGGAAUUUAAGUCCUUGACAAAUGAUCUUGCAGUCAAUGAUGUUAAUGUAAUAAUUGACUUAAUCAGCCCACAGAGCGCUCCAUUAGAAGAAAAUAAAGGAAAUUUUGAUUUGAAAGAGGAAAUGAAAUCUAAGGUUGAUGUUAUGUGUUUGGGUGAAACUCGACCACCAAAUCGAAGUAGGCGAUUAUACGGGUCGAGUUUAUAUACAAAAAAUGAAGUGAUCACAACCGAGGAGGAUGAUGAUCCGGAGCUUGGACUUUGUACUUGUUGCCGGUUGUCAAAAUGUGCAGCAUUGCGAAAUCCGCCCAAUCUAGAAUCAGAUGAACUUUGCUAUUUGCUCAAUUUCACUUACCAACGAAAUAUCACAUGGAUAACACCAGAAACAAUUGCUUAUCUUGAUUUAUUGGUUUCGAAAGACAGCGAACUUGAAGUUCUUCAAAAAGUCUUACUCCGGAUACCAACUGCUCCUAAAAACAUUUCUCAAAAAAUUGAAUCCCGUCAAUACAAGUACUUAAUGGAAAUUCUUAUCGACAUACUUGAUCUGCAGCACAAUAUAGGUGUUUUAUUCGGCGAUUCAACUGAAAUGGAUUCAACUAAAUGGCUAGUUCGUGAUAUAACUCAUGAUUUAGCAGAGAUCGGUCGAUGUCCUGAUUGUUACCGCUACUCUAACCAAAAAAAAUCAAAAGGUUGGUUUUGCAAGCCAUGUGUGCAACGUCAUGAAUUGGUUUUUGCAAAACAUCCUGGUUUCCCAUUUUGGCCAGCAAAAGUAAUUCGGGUUUUACCAAAUAAUAAGUAUGAUGUAAGAUUUUUUGGUGGAGAUCAUUCACGAGCUUUAGUGGAUGUUAAAAACAUUCGAUCAAUUGAUACUGAUCCUAAACAACUGAAACUCCAUAAAGGACAUGCAUUGAAAACAGCUAUGGAAGAACUUAAACAUCAUCAACUACUAUUGCACUAUCCGCCAAGUCAAUUCUCUUUUCGAGCAGAUAGAGCACAAGUGCAGGCGAUUUUGGAGAGUGUCUUAUUGGGAGCCAAUCCACAAAGACAACGUCGUUUAGAUUUUGCACAAACUUCAACGCAGGCGGAACAAGAUAUUGAUAAACAAUCAAUGAUAGUUACCCAAAGUACGUCUAGAAAAAGAAGACACGAAAAUUCGUCAACUUCAAAAAGUUCUACCCAAACAUUAUCUAAUGAAGAAAUCCUUACAUCUUUGGAAGUGCAGAAGCUACAAAAAGAGCUCGAUGAAGCUCUCAAAAUUAUAAAAGAGAAAAAAAAGAAGCAGGCAGACCUUUGCAGUCAAAUAAAGAGCUUUAAAGAAGAUAUCGCUAGAAUGGAACGCAACAUGGAAACUAUUAAAAGAAAACAAUGGUGCUAUUGGUGUUUCAAUGAGGCAAUACUUCUUUGCUGUUUCAAAGCUUCGUACUGCUCGGAAGAGUGUCAGAAAGCUCAUUGGGAAGAUGGGCAUAGUAAAGUUUGCAAAAACAGAGACUUGCAUUGACGAUGGCGUAUGUAAAUACAAAUAAAAAAAAAAAACAAAUAAAGUGAAUAUGAAAAACAUCAAAUCUAACGAUUUAAUACAAGAAAUGAAUUGCACAAUACAGAGGCUUACACGAUCGAUCAGACACAUGAACUGUAUAAUAAUUCAUGUUUAAAAGAAAAGUAAUCUACCCAUUUAUUAAUUGGUUGAUUGUUUUGUUACAAACAUUUUUUGCCGACGAUUCUAAUGAAGUAUGAUUUUGUACUUAUUAUUAAGCACUCUAAUAUCUACCAAGUUAACAAAAGUAAUAAAUCUUUUAUCAAAAAGAAAAAAUCUGUAAAUGAAUAAAAAAUAUUAUAAGACUUA